UCAUAGAUCCAAUCCUCUCCAUCUCCUCCAUCUAUCUCUCUCUCUAGGCUAGGGUAUAAUCCAUUACUCACUCAGCCUAAACCUAACCCUUACCAACAUCUCAGCUCUUAGCCACCACUGUUCACUCCUUUUGACUGACAAUUCUUUCUUUCUGGUUAAGGUUAGAUCAUCAGAAGAAGCCUUUUGAUUUUUCCAUCCACCAGACUUGAUGAGAAAGAUAAGCCAACCAGGAUGCUGCUGCUUGCCGUUACAAAAGGGGAUUCUUGAUUUUCCGGCCAUCGAGCUAGCUUAGCUAGCUAGCUAAAGUUUAAUUUGUUUAUAGAAUUCUAGAUCAUAAAGCCGGCGAAAUGGAUCCACUCACAACUCAUCACGGCCGCCGCCCUUUGACGCCGCCUUUCUAUAAUAGUAGGGAAGUUCAGCAGCAGCAGUUCCACCACCAACUGCUGCCAGAAUCAGACGACGGCGGUGACUGUCACACCGCCCAGAAGUCAGAUCGCGACGAUGACAUCACUGCAACGUCUACGACUAACAAUAGCACUACUUGUAAUGAUUUUGAGGGGAGGCAAGCUUUGGUCCUCUCCGCCGGCGCCGGAGAUCAUCAGGCGGCGGGGAGGAAGCCGAGAGGAAGGCCGGCGGGGUCGAAGAACAAGCCGAAGCCGCCGAUCAUCAUCACGCGCGACAGCGCCAACACGCUCCGGUCGCACGUGAUGGAGAUUACUAACGGCUGCGACAUCCAAGAAAGCAUCUCCAACUUCGCCACGUGGCGGCAGAGAGGUGUCAGCGUUCUGAGCGGCAGCGGGAGCGUCUCCAAUGUAACUCUCCGGCAACCGGCGGCCUCUCCGGGAGGCCCCGUCGUCACUUUGCGCGGGAGAUUCGAGAUUCUUUCCCUCUCGGGGUCAUACUUGCCCCCGCCCGCUCCGCCCGCUGCGUCGGGGCUAACAAUUUACCUCGCCGGAGGUCAAGGGCAAGUCGUUGGCGGGAGCGUCAUGGGGCCCUUAAUGGCCUCCGGCCAGGUGACGAUCAUCGCCGCAUCUUUCGGGAAUGCGGCAUACGAAAGGCUCCCGAUAGAAGACGAUGAGUCUCCAGCGCUUCACGGGGGCGAAGAAUUGGGGGGUGGCGGCGGCGGAAUGGGUAGUUUCCGGCAACAUCCGUCGCAGAUAAUGGUGUCUUCCGAUGAAACAAUGCUCCAUGGUUUGCCUUCCAACCUUAUAGGUUCAUAUCCGGCUGAGGCUUAGGGUAUGUUUGGCACGACUAGCUGAAAAGAUACUUUUGUGAGUUUUUUAGUAACUGUUAGCUUUUAGUGACUGAAAAGAUCUUAACAAGAAAAGGUGGUAACUGUUUGGUAAAAAGCCGACUGUUUGAUUUAGUCUUGUUUGGUAUACAAGCUGUUAGGACAAAUUAAUACUAAAAGUCACGGUCUUUUCUCAGAUGCUACUCCCCGUAGCAUCUCGAAAAAGAUCUUUUAUUUUUUGAGAAGCUCUUAAAAUUUGUCAUGCCAAACACACAACUAAAAGCUUUUAGAGACUUUUUAAACAAUGCAAAAGCUAGAAGGCAGUGACUUAUGUGUGCCAAACAUGCACUUAUUGGGGCCGCGGAAAUGCUCGGCCUCCUUAUUGACAAAUUUUGGUAAUUCCAAAUACAUAAUAAUAAUGUUGAUUAUUUC